UUCCGUCAAAUCCUUUCCCACCUUGAGAUCGCCUGCUCUGACAUCCUGCAAUUGACAGACGAGGAGUUUGCCAGCCUGCGAGAAUGUUGGUGUGGUGAAAUCCAUGAUCACUUCAAGCCGAGAUCGGGACGCACCGAGUACGACUUAAUCCGUCGUCGAAAACAAGAGUUACAACAUGCGCAGGAUAUUCGUCGUCACUAUGAAGAGAAGCUAGAACGCGUGAACAAGCUCUACAUGGACUUACAGGCACUGGAUAAACAGAUAAGAAAGUGCAACGGUUGUACACAUCCGCCGACAGACGAAUGCAUACGUUGCGCCAGCUCCCGGUACCUGGCCGCUGGCAGUGCUUCAAGGAGACGACAGGAUGGCCCACGAAUUAACCCCACGGCGACUCCUCUCCACGAAAAGAGUCAACUGGAUGUGAAUGCCAUUGAAACUUCCGUGCUGGUUAAACGGGGACAGAUCAAACGCCUACUCAAUGUAGGCCACUUUAGAAAUAAGAAGUACCUGCCAGUCAAACUGCGUUGCCAUGCCUGCGGUGCAGUUUCCCAGGUUAACAUAGCUGCUGCAAUGAACGGCUCCUGCAUACGCGGCGGCUCUUCAACACGUAGUCUGCCUUUUCGCGAGAAGAUGCUGCCCCGAUGGUUGAUACAGAGACGACGAGCCGGCUCUCCGGAUUUGGAAAAACUUGUUGCUACUUCGUCUUCUGAUACGAAUUUCAAAAAUGAGGCCUAUAUGGCCGCCUCUGUCGAUUCUAUGGGCUCUAGAUACUGCCCUACCAUGAUUGCUUCUCAGGACGUGGCCGGAGGGAAGCGACUGGAAGUGGAGCCCGUGAAAUCAGCUGACGUGCCGGAGCAGGUAGUUCCUCGGAAGCAGGAUGUUGAGUCACCUGUGGUUGAGAACCUUCGUCAUAAAUCGCCUAGAGCCUGCAAUGCGCUGCACUUGCCCAUAGUUUAUGGAAGACAGAUUGUUGGAUGUUAA